AUGUUAUCAUCAAAAUAUUUUAUAAUAUUCAAAAUUUCAGCGAGGGCACAGGAUCCCUCUCAAGAUAUUUACGAAGAGGAUCCUGCAGGAUUUUUAAGUGUAGUCAUCGUUGGAUAUACUUCCAUAAAUUUCUCCUUAAUCGGAACAUUGUUUGUAAUUAGUAGAGUUUAUUACAGAUGGAGAAAUACAAAUAAAGUUUUGUCUAUGGCCCUUAGAGUACCUUUUUAUAUGUGCACGUUCGAUUUUGCUUUGGUAAUUUGUCAGUUUAUUAAUUUUACUUAUCUUGCGAUAAAUCGUACUACGUUGUCUGAUCCAGCCUGUGCACAAAUUGGCUUUGUACAAGCUACUAUUACUUUUUAUCAUAGAUUAGUUAUUGCUUGCAUUUCCAUAAAUACUUAUUGCAGAGUAUGUAGAGAAAAAAAUUUUAAUACUGGUAGAUAUGAUUGGAAAAUAUUUAUACCGACGGCAAUUAUCUCAGGAGUUGUUUCAUUUCUUGAUAUGAAAAAUUAUGGUCGUGAUAGAUAUUGGUGUGCCGUAAAAUCUGAUAGAUCUAAAAAUUUAUUUAUUCCACUUACUUCCACUUUGAUAACAUUACUUGUGCUUUCUGUGUGUUUAUUUUGUUAUAUCGAAACUAUUCGUGCCAUACGCUUCGUUAGAGAGCAACAAGAAACAGUUAUUGCUAGUAUAGAAGAAAUGGAAAGAAAAGUUAGUAAAAAAGUUUUGGGGUACAUACUUGUUUUUAUAUUACAAUGGCCUUUCCCAACACCUCUUUUCCCAACAUUACUCUUCUCUGAUAUUUCUGAUAUUCUCUGA